AUGCCGAACAACGUCGAUAACCUUUUCUGCGUUUGGAGAAUCGUCAACCACCGCCGAAAUGCCGCCUCCCUGAGGCAUGAAUGUGGCGAGCUCAACGUACAGUCUGUUGGUCACGGGGAAGAUGAGUCCGUCCAGGGAAAGGCCAUCGCGGACUUCCUUGAUGGCAUUCCUGGCUCCAUAUCCAACAACCAUCAAGUCUCCCACAACUCGACGCGCAUGGUGCGAACAAGGAAGAAGGCUGGCAGAAAACCGAAGGCGGAGGCUUCCAACCGAGGCACCAUCGUCAAACAGCAGCUUCGGCGAAGAUACCAGCACGAUACAUCCUCCGUACUCUUAGUGGGAGAAAGCCCUUGGAAAUCGAAUGGCCCAGGACUACGUUACAACAGGGUGUCCGAACAGAUCGAAUACGUCGCCAUGACGGCAGCCAUGAUCUUCCAGGCUGACGAGAUCAGACUCGUCGAUCAGCUCGACGACAUGAGGCUGUCUCCCCAGAGUGCAAUGGCAGAACAGUCCAUUCGAGUCGGGAUUCCUGGACGGGAGCUGAGAAGGCAGACGGCACGAAGCGCUGAGGAGCGCCAGCAGGCAACCAAACUUCGACGGAGUGUGAAAGUGGCCGAGAAGGCGAUCAUGAAGCAGUUGAUCCAGCUGGAGAGGGCAAAGGGAUGCAUUACUGGCGUUGAGGGACAAUCAUGCUCCGUCGAAAGCUCCCGCGUGCGGGGGUCCAGGCAGACAAGUAGAUGA